CUUCUACAUCUUCUACUUUUUCUUCAUCUUCUACUAUUCCUUCAGCUGUUUCGACUGAUUCUUCUUCAUUCAGCAGUGUUUUGCAAAACAUUUCAGCGUCAGCAUUCCCACGCAUUUUCCGCAGGUAAAUGCAGAUUGUCUAGUUUUGUCUACUCUUUAUACGCAUUAACUCCUAAAGAGCAGGACAGUUCAACUUGGAAUAUCAUUUUGACAGUCUUGUAGAAAUUGGAUCAUGCUUUGAAGACAAAAGGACCUCCAAAACGUUUGUUGAAUUGUGGCUGUACAUCGUCACUGGUCAUUCUUUCCUGUACCAAACACGUUCUGAAAUGACUCAUUUUGUGGUAGCUGCUGACAUGCUGCAGCUCUUCCUUAUUUUAAUCAAAUGAGUGACAGAGAGAGAGAGAGAGAGAGUGUUCCUGUGUGAAAACUUGUUUCCUGAAUGUGUUGCGAUCUGUUUCAUUUGCAUCAAGCAACUGCCUAUUACACUUGCUUGCUGUUCUAGAGUGAUUUUUUACUGAGUGGUUUAUCGCAACAAGGGCUUUUGUUUAACCUCUGCCGAGAUGAAAUUAGACUUUAAGGAUGCCUUUUGGGGGUCAGACUUCAUCAGUAACCUGGGAUACGAGACCAUCAGCCAGAGACUUAGUGAUGGGCGACGGACAUGCAAAGACAUGGAGGAGCUCUUGAAAAUGAGGGCAUCAGCUGAGGAGAAAUAUGGAAAGGAUUUGGUAGCAAUUGCUCGCAAGGCCGGGGGUUUGUAUGAGAUCUGCACUUUAAGAACAUCUUUUGACAUAAUGAAAGAACAGAUUGAAAACGUAGGAAACUUGCACAUUCAGCUAUCUGGACUGCUCAAAGACGAGGUGAAGAGAAUGGAACAGUUCAGAGAGCGGCAGAAAGAGCAGAGAAAAAAGUUUGAGUCCGUCAUGGAUAAGGUCCAGAAGGCUAAAGUUUCUCUCUACAAGAAAACAAUCGAAUCAAAAAAAUCCUACGAGCAGCGCUGUAAAGAGGCCGACGAGACAGAGCAAAACGCAGAGAAACUGGGUAGCGCGCCAACAGCCACUCCUAAACAGAUCGAGAAGAUGAACAACAAAUCUAAACAGUGCAGAGAGGCUGCCGAAGAGGCUGAGAAGCAGUACAUGUCAAACACUGAACAGCUUGACAAGACUCGCCUAGAAUGGGAAUCAACACAUAUCAUCACAUGUGAGAUGUUCCAGCAACAAGAGGAAGACCGCCUGAGUGUGCUAAGGAAUGCUUUAUGGGUGCACAGUAACCAUUUAUCUAUGCAGUGUGUAAAAGAUGACGAGUGUUACGAGGAAGUGAGGAUGACACUGGAAAAGUGUGACGUCAUUGAGGUCAACAACAGCUUUGUGGAGAUGAAAACGACUGGUUCAAACCCUCCAGCUCCAAUUGAAUACCAAAGUUACUACGAGGGGAACAAUGCCGCUGACAGAAAUGGAUGCACUGGGUUUGUAGGUGGAGUCAUGAAAAGGUUUUCAAAUCUUCUGCAGGGAAACAUUUCCUCUGGCUCCAGAAUGAGCCUCAAUGAACCGGUUGCACAGUCGAAUGCAGAACCCUCGGCAGGAGUUUACGCGUCCAUUCCUGAACUAAAGGGAUCCAAUCAGAGCAGUGAGGAGUACAAGGUGGUGUAUCCGUACGAGGCACAGGGGGCAGACGAGCUCUCUGUGUCUGUUGGGGAUGUUGUGAUUGUCACAGAUCAAGGUGAGGAUGGCUGGUGGACGGUGCAAAGAAAUGGUCUUUCAGGAUUGGUUCCAGGUUCUUAUCUCGCCAAAGAAUGAAUUUACCCGACAGCCAUUGGUAGGAGUGCAUAACUACGAAACUGCCUUACAGCUGAAUGUGCUUUACAUACUUUUUACUGCUCUCAUCAUUAAAGCCCCUGAGUAGGGUAUGAAAUUCCAAAACCUGGGCGCCCCCUAGUGGGGAGCUAUCAGGAAACCUCAUAGAAGCUGCAGGAAAGAUCUGCUUUCUUUCAAAAAGUUUUCAAAUUUGUCUCAGCCUCUCUAUCUGGACAGCAACUUAUUUGCAAUACAAUAUUUCAAGAAAAAGAUUAGCAACACAUUUAUAAAAAAAUCUUCGGAAAUGUAAAUGUAUUGCUUGUACUUGUAGCACUCAAGUGAAAUUUCCAAACAGACAUCAAAAUGUUCUUAUUAUUUCAACAGCCCUCGAAUGCAGCAUGUACAGGAGGACAGAAUUGUCCAAUUGUCACAACUUUUCGACUAAAACUUCUGCCAUUAGAUUCACUGUACUGUGUAUUAUCAAGCUGUCCUACAGAUAGGGAUGUUUACUUCGUUAAAUGAGACAGUGUUGAAUGGUUGAAUUAUUUAUUGCCGUGUCAUGUUUUCAUCUUACUUUGCCCUUACUGCUGGUGCGUUGAGUGCUUGUCAUACCGUUGACAGCUGGGAGAUCUGUUGCACAAGUUAGCUGCACUAAUGUAUCAAUGUUUUAGAAGCCUUGUAGCCCUUUAUAUUAGGCAGAAUGUUUGAUGUCUGCUGUUUGCCUAUAUAUAUAUAUAUAUAUAUAUAUGUAUAUAUAUAUAUAUA